AUUAUUUUAUAUCUAAAAGUGUACGAAGUUCCUUAUUACAAUCCCAUAAACAGUUUUAUUACCUUGCUGACAAGGAAUCCUUUGUUUCAACUUUCAAGGGCACCACGUGUUCAUAGUUGCGUCGCAUUCAAUAUUGAAGCUUUAAAGUGCGUAAACGUAUUGAUUAUUAGUUUAUCAUUAGACGGAGUUAGAGCUGUUAUCGGAUGAUGAGGAUCAAAUGCUUCUUGAACGCGAGGAGUUUGAAUCAAAGUAUUUUUCGCUUAUGGCUUCAGCAAGAACAAUGAUAAAUGAUGAAGGCGCUACACUUAGAGCUCGUCUCGGACCUCUCCAAGGAGGCGUUUCUGGCAGCUCUCUUUCGCUUCAUUUCUCGUCGUGGCAAGCCUCAAACCAUUUACUCCGAUAACGGCACUACCUUCGUCGGAGCUAGUAACGAAAUAGCAUCAUUUUUCAAUUCUUGCUCUGACGAUAUUUCAACUGAAAUGUCAACACAUGGGAUAGACUUUAAAACUAUACCCCCUUAUUCCCCACACUUCGGUGGAUUAUGGGAAGCGGCUGUUAAGUCUGUGAAGCAUCACCUGAGACGUGUACUUUCACUUACUCAUUUAACAUAUGAAGAGAUGUGUACGUGUCUGGUUCAAAUAGAAGGUAUCCUAAAUUCUAGACCAUUAACACCUCUUUCCUUUGAUCCAUCCGAUUUUACAUGUUUGACUCCUGCUCACUUCCUCAUAGGACGAACACUAUUAUCUGUCCCUCGACCUGACGUCGCAGAUGCAAACAUAAAUCGUCUGCAACGCUACGAGAGAAUCGAAAAACUCAAACAACAUUUUUGGCUACGGUUCUCAUCAGAGUAUAUUUCUCUCCUCCAGCAGAAGUCCAAGUGGAGAACUUCGAGCAAUAGCUUGCAGCUCGGUGCUUUGGUGCUGGUUCGCGACAGGAGCCAGCCCCCUCUUCUGUGGCAGUUGGGUCGCGUUACCAAGCUGCAUACAGGCCCAGACAACAUUUGCCGGGUUGCUGAAGUCAAGACAAAGAAGGGUGUCAUCCAGCGGGCUUACAACAACAUUUGUCCACUUCCCACCAGUUCAAGUUGACUACCUUCAACUUGGCCCGGGCAGUAUGUUGCGGCUGCACCGCAACGGGGCGCGCGGGGCGCGUUCUCCUAGCUGCGCCGGCGCAUGCGCCUUAGGCGCGAGCGCACAC